AUGGCCCCCUCCCCUUUCCUGGGUUACAAAGACAUGGGGGCCUUAUGGCGGUCCACGUACAAGUCCGACACACUGGAAGAAGACCUGGAGCAGCUCUUCCAGGAGCUGCAGCCGCUCUACGUGAACCUGCACGCCUACGUGCGCCUGCGUGCGCCUGCGUGCGCCUGCGUGCGCCGGGCCCUGUAUCGCUUCUACGGGCCCGAGCUCAUCGAUCCGAGGGAGCCCAUCCCAGCCCACGUUCUGGGCAACAUGUGGGCUCAGUCCUGGGUCAGCGUCUUAGACCUGGUCCUGCUUCCGGAGAAGCACCCCGAGGACAUCACGAAGAUCACGUGAGACCAGCAGUGGAAGUCUGAGAAAAUGUUCCAAGAGGCUGAAAAAUUCGUCACCUCCCUGGGGCUGCUUUCCACCCCUCCUGAGUUCUGGAAAAAUGCCAUGAUGGAAAGGCCAACGGACGGGCGGGAGGUGGAGUGCCACGCAUCCGCCUGGGACGUCUACGAGGGGAAGGACUUCAGGAUAAAGAAGUGCACUGAAGUGACCAUAGAAGAUCUGCUCUCCAUCUUCCACCAGAUGGGCUAUAUCCAGUACUUCUUGCAGUACAAGAACCUCUCUGUGAUCUUCCACACAGGCGCCAACCCAGCCUUUGAAGAGGCCGUGGGGUCGGUGAUCACCCUCUCGGCCUCCUCCCAUAAGCACCUGCUCAACAGAGCCCUGCUCAGCCACCAGCACCAGGAUGAAGAAGAGGAGGUCAGUUUCCUGAUGAACGUUGCCCUGGAGAAGAUCGCCUUCAUCCUCUUCGCCUACCUGGUGGACCUGUUUCACUGGAAGGUCUUUGACGGCACCAUCGAGAAGGCCGUGUACAACCAGGAGUGGUGGAACCUCAGGUACUUCCUCAGCCUCGUGCUCCAGUUCCAGUUCCAUGAAGCACUCUGCAAGGCCUCAGGCCACGUGGGGCCCCUGCACUGAUGCGACUUCUAUAACUCCUAGCUGGCUGGGAAGCUCCUGGAGGAUGUCCUAAAGCUGGGCUUGAGCAAGCCCUGGCCAGAGGCCCUGCAGAAGAUAACCGGGGAGACCAAGGUGUGUACAAAGGCCCUCAUGACCUACUUCAAGCCCCUGCUGAACUGGCUGGUCACCGAGAAUGUGCGGCAUGGGGACAUCCUGGGCUAGCCAGACUUCAGCUGUUCCU